AUGGCUGAAAAGAAGGUUGUCUCGUUGAUAUUUUCAGCUCUAGUAUCACUUGCUGCCGGAACUCCUUACCUGUUUGGUACUUAUGCCCCACAGUUGGCAGUGCAGUGCCAUUUGACAGCGUCUGGUGCAGCUACCUUAUCACUGGCCUCCAAUGUUGGCACUUCCAUUGGGGGUUUGCCCAUUGGCCUGUUCAUAGACCAUAACGGGCCCUCCAUGUCGAUUUUCAUCGGCGCGUUUCUUGAGUUCAUUGGCUUUGGCUGUCUCUACUAUGCAUACAUUUACAGGAUUGACAGUCUCCUGGCCCUGUCCAUGGCCAUGGUUUGCACUGGUAUGGGAUCCGUGUUAAGUUUUUAUUCUUGCCUCAAAUCAGCUACUGCAAAUUUUCCUAAUCACAGGGGAUCUGCUGGCUCCGUUCCUGUGUCCAGUUAUGGAUUAUCUGCUUUGAUGUAUAGUACUGUUGCUGCUACAUUUUUCGCUGACAAUACCUCAGGUCUAUUGAAAUUUGUUUCCCUGUUUUGCGGAAUAGUGAUUGGAAUUAGUAGUUUCUUUGUCAUUCUGGUGGAUUCAGGACACCCUAUCACAGCUAAGACACCCAGAAGGCCCAAUAACGAAAAUUUGCUUCAAGAAAGGGCUAGGGCAAAGCCUAUCACGAAAGCUGACGGAUAUGGAUCUAUAUUGAUGGCCGCACACAGGGGUUCAUUUGCACAGGCGACAUUAAUGUCGCAGUCUGUAUCUUCUUUGUUUUCCACAGCCGGGCCGCAAUCAGAUAGCUCCCCGGAAAGUUCUCUUAGAUCUUCAAAUUCCUCAGUUCUUUCGUUCCAUGAAAUACCAACGAGCAACAGCGCUGCUGUCUCUCGUUCAAAUUCAUUCUUGGUUGGAUCCGCUGGAAAAUAUAGUUCCCCGCUUUCAAGUUUAUCAAGCUCUCCAGUUAAUACCAAGGCCUCUAAUAUAAAGAUCUCCAUGAACAAUCGUCCAGGUGUAUCACGUUCGGUUUCCAAUAAUCAGUCAUUUAGAAGCAGCUCUAACCUUUCUAAGCAAUUUGCGCAGCAUGCCGAAAUGCAACAAUCCCAGAAUCCAUCAAAUGCGGUGAAAAACGGUGGACAUGUGGGCUCCCCUUUGCGUGGCGGGUUUAUGUUGUAUGACUCAGGCACAAACGAAGAAUCUGCCCAUACUUUGGUUAAAAAGGAUGAACCCUCUUCGUCAGAAGAUAUUCCACAGAAAUAUCCCAGGGAUGACUCGAAAAGUACUCCGAGGAACAAGCAGAAACCUAAACCUAAGAAGACCAAUGCCAGGAAGCACAUUAAGAGCCUUGUGACAAAUUACAAGUUUGUUAUUCUGUACGUGGUGAUGGCUACAUUGUCUGGUGUUGGACAACUGUAUAUUUAUUCAGUAGGCUACAUUGUCAGUGCACAGAUCAAUAAGGGCUCCAACCCUGAGCAUUUGAAUGGUGCUGGUUAUCAGGCCCUUCAAGUGUCGUUGUUAUCACUAACUUCCUUUUUAGGCAGAUUGAUCUCGGGUCCGUUAUCUGAUCUUAUACACAAAGUCCUGAAGUAUCAAAGAAUUUGGGUAUUGGUGAUUGCAAGUUGUGUGAGCGCCAUGGCACAAUACUUAAUGAUCUACUUAGAUGAUGUGCACAUGCUGUCCGUUGCCAGUUUGAUUGUGGGAACGUGUUACGGGACAGUGUUUGGUGUCUAUCCAGCUGUGAUUGUAGACUAUUUUGGUUCCAACAGUUUUACUACAACGUGGGGACUUGUUACUACCAGUAAUAUUGUCAGUCUUACAGCUUUAAACACCAUGUUUGGUUACGUAUAUGACCACAACAGUGUUUGGGAUGACAAGAAGGAGCAAUUGGUGUGCCAUCUUGGAAAAAAUUGUUACAAUGACGUCUUCCGAGUCAACCUAUCACUGUGUUUCCUGGCACUAUUGCUGUGUCUUUUCCUGAUAAUACAGAAACGCAAGCAAGAUCAAAAAAUCGUACCGAUUGGCCUUCAAGUUUGA